AUGGAGUCGCUGGCAAUUCCCGAACGUCUCGCGCGCCCUCGCAGCGGGCAACCCGUGCCGCGCCUCGAGCCACCGCUCCGCCCGCGAUAUGCAGCUGGUGUGACCGCGCGCCGAGCCAGCUGGGUAGCGACAAGGAGACUCGACUUCCGCGUCGCGCUCCCGCGUGUGUCCGCUGCCGACUCUCCGAGCCACGUCCGCGACGUGUGUCCGAAGAAUCGCCCGGUGGCGGUGCCCGAGGCGAGCCGAGACCGGGUCUUGAUCAACUUGCAGGGACCGGCUAUUUUGACGGGCGCAUAUCGAAAAGCGCUUGUGGGUGUCCUCUGCUUUGGUGAUGUGGCGGAGGGACACAGAAUCGAGAGCCUUGCAUCUGCGCAUUCCCAUGUACAAACCAACACGGGCGUUGCUGUAAGUGGCACCCGCGACCUAGAUGGCGCCAACUUGCGCAAGCGUGAUUUGAGGCCUAUCGGGCGUCAUAAUGAUGCACUUCCAUCCUUUAUCGCAGAUCGCGUCAUUAGGAGUGCUUCCUCUUCCCCUAGUUUCUCUGGUGUUCCGCGUCUCCGAUCGAACAGCGACAAACAAGCACUGCGAAAAUUUACAAGCAACUUCCAGGUUGCAAACGUGCCUUCACUGGCACUCGACACCGCCUCGUGGACUGGCUAUGCUCAGGAGGUCGCUCCUAAUGCGGAGAAUGCAGGAUUGAUAGCUUCGGUCUGGUCAGUUGCAGCUCCAGCUUCGACGUUACUGUCGAUGGACGCACCGCUUGCGAUGGAUGCCGCUCCAAGCGCGCCGCAGAUGACUCCACUUGGCCAGAUUUCAGCUGGGGCUGCUCCGGGAGUAAAUACGGUGUUUCAAGCGCCGCCCGCACCUGCAUUCGGAACAGCAGCAGGCGCUGCUUCAGGCAUUGCGCAGGCGAGCCCGCUCCCGGCGACGUUGCCACCGACGGCAGCUGGACAGGGCAUGCCUGCUGCCGGCGCUGCCCCAGUGGCUGGAGGUGCUGCUGGAGGUAUUCCACCCUCACCUCCGGUAGGAAGCCUAGCACUUCCGUCAUUGCCAUCUGCUGCACUGCCGGCAACUAGCCUGCCUGCCGCAGGCCCUGCCCCCGCGGCCUCAGUGGCUCUUCCUGCAGCCACAGUGCCGUACGUGAGCGCUGGAGCAGCCGCUCCCGCCUCAACAGCACCACAGCAGGGGGUGCCAGCACCCGGAGCCUCUUCUCCUGUGGCUGCCCCCGCAGCAGCAGGACCAAUCGGGCAGCCAGCGCCACAAUACAAUAGCCCCGCCCCUCCACAUCCGGAGUCACCGACAGAAAAUAGCGGCGCAGCAGCUUCGUCCGUAGCGCCUGCCGGCUCUACUCCGGCCUCAAGCGUGGCGGAAGCACCAAUCCAAGCGCCACCGUCGCAGGCUCCAUCGCCAAGUGGGAAUAGUGAAGAGGGCCGGCUUUCCGUGACACGGCACCCAACCGAUGCAGACGUCGAGACUAUCUCAGCAUCUGCAGCACCUGCACAAGAGAUCGUUGUAGUACCAGGCGUCUCUGCGAGAGUCAUACACACACAACCGCAAGUGACAGUGGUUGGGGGAGCCUGCUUCGACGGAUGCUCGUGCUGGCCUGUUUGGUCCAUUAGCAUUGUUGUCCUCGUCAUCAACCUUGUAGCUUGCUUCGUCGCCCUUCACCUGACUGCCUCGCUGUAUUCGAAGGGCAUGUUUUCUUCCCAUCUCUACAAAGGCGGCGGCUACUGGCUGAUCGGAGCGGGGAUUGCAGGAAUGGUGACAGGAGGUCUUAUUGGAGGCUUCGUACCCCCCGCGUGCUGGGCAGGAGCUCUUUACCUUGGUGGUUCGAUGAUGUCAACGUGUAUUGCAAUUAUUCUAAUUGGACGUCGAGGCGCCUGGCUCGGUGCCCUUGGUGGAGUUGGCUGUGGUGGCGUCAUUGGCUUCUUCACCAGCAGGGGGGUUGUUGGUAUCGUUGUCGGAGGAUUUGUUGGCUUUCUCUUCGGCAUUGUUGUCGGCUUCGCUCCCGUGUGCCGGUCUCUAAAGAUCAAUGAGCGGUACAUUCGCGCUGGCAUGCGACCUGCUGGAAGCAACUCAUCGCGGUAUUCUGAUGAUGGGAGAGACGACAAGUACCACUCUGGGACAUUUGCGCCACCCUCGUCUCCGUAA